UCCUCCUCCUCCUCUCAGCCAAGCCGAGCGGGGGAAGCGCGCGCCACGGACUCCUUCUGCCUGGUUCCCACACUCUGUCCUCCAGAACGCGCGGCAGAGGGCGAAGCGUCCGGGGUCAGGGCAGCAGGGUCAGGGGAAGCCCCGCACUUCCAGGCCCCGGCAACAAGGCAGGUUCGUGGGAAGAGAGGAGCCGGGCCUCGUCCACCGUGUCAGCCGCUUGGUGGGAAGGCUGCAGCCGAAGCGGCCCGGCAUUCCUUGAGCUGAGUCGAGAGCUGCCAACUUUUCCAGCGGCCAGCGCCCCUAAAAGCAGCUUGCUGUGCAAACACUAGCACUAGCUUAGUGCGGAUUACUGCUGGUGGCACUUUAAAGAAGAACAGCACAGUUCUAUACAUCUCUACUUAGAAGUAAGCCCUGUUGAGUUCAGUGGGACUUUCUCCCAGGUAUAUAAAACUACAGUUGUUCCUGCAUUUGAGUUUGCAGCUACAAAAUAUCUGCCACAACAACUGCUGCUGCUGUUUGUGGCCUUCUUCUGAAGUCGAUUAAUAGAACAGACAUGUUCAGCCCAAUCUAGAGAAACUCACAACUUUGGUGAAUAGAGACUUGUUCAGUAUGUUUUGUACCAAACUGAAAGAUCUGAAGAUCACUGGGGAGUGUCCUUUCUCCUUAUUGACCCAAAGUGGGAUUCCAGAUGAAAAUGAGGAUGAAUGUGCAGAGGUGCCAAAUAGCUCCAAGGCUGCUUUGCCAAUCUGCAGAGAAAAGAGUACUCAUGGGAACCUUCCGCAAAGGAAAACCAGCAGGAGCAGAGUGUAUCUGCACACUUUAGCUGAGAGCAUCUGCAAACUCAUCUCUCCUGAGUUCGAAAGGUUAUAUCUUGCAUUUCAGAGAACGCUAGCAAAUAAUAAAAUAAAAGAAAUCAGGAAUUCUGAGGAAAGAGAAGACUUUGAAAAACUAAUCACUGAUCAUGCAAAUGUGGCAGGAGUUCCAUUAAACAUUAUGAAGGAAUCACUUGGUGAGGAGCUUUUCAAAAUCUGUUACGAAGAAGAUGAACACAUCCUAGGAAUUGUCGGGGGAACUCUCAAAGACUUUUUGAACAGCUUCAGUACUCUUCUGAAGCAGAGUGCCCACUGCCACGAAGCAGAAAAAAGGGGUAGACUUGAAGAGAUCUCAAUACUAUGCUUGGAAAAGGACCCAGAUUUCCUAAAUGUGUACUACUUCUUUCCAAAGAAAACAACUAGCCUCAUCUUGUCUGGCAUUAUUAAGGCGGCGGCUCACAUUUUGUAUGAAACAGAAGUGGAAGUAACCGUACUGCCUCCUUGCUUCUGCAAGAACAGUACAGAGUUUAUUAACCAGCCAUAUUUGUUGUACUCUGUACAAGUCAAAAGUGCAAAGCCAUCCCUAUCUCCAUGUAAACCUCAAUCCUCUCUUGUGAUUCCUGCUUCUAUGUUCUGCAAGACUUUUCCAUUUCACUGUAUGUUUGACAAGGAUAUGGCUAUUCUACAAGUUGGCAAUGGUAUAAGGAGACUGUUAAACAGGAGAGAAUUUCAAGCAAAGCCAAACUUUGAUGAGUGGUUUGAAAUCUUGGCUCCUAAAAUAAAUCCCACAUUUAGUAGCAUCAUGACAAUGUUAAACAUGCAGUUUACUAUAAGAGUGAGACAAGGGGACAACACUCUUAAAAAGUCAACAGGGGUUAUGGACCUUAAAGGACAGAUGAUCUACAUUUUUGAGUCUAGUGCCAUCUUGUUCUUGGGAUCCCCGUGUGUGGACAGACUAGAAGAUUUCACAGGACGUGGUUUAUAUCUUUCAGAUAUUCCAAUUCAUAAUGCCCUUAGGGAUGUUGUUUUAAUAGGAGAACAAGCCAGAGCUCAAGAUGGACUGAAGAAAAGGUUAGGAAAGCUUAAGGCUACUCUCGAGAUGGCACACCAAGCCCUUGAAGAGGAGAAACAGAAGACAGUAGAUCUUUUGUGCUCUAUUUUUCCUGAGGAGGUUGCGCAGCAGCUGUGGCAGGGGCAAGUUGUACAGGCGAAGAAAUUUAAUAGUGUCACAAUGCUUUUUUCUGACAUUGUAGGAUUCACUGCUAUCUGUUCCCAGUGUUCACCUAUGCAGGUUAUCACAGUGCUCAAUGAGCUCUACACUCGCUUUGAUUACCAGUGCGGAGAGCUGGAUAUCUAUAAGGUAGAAACCAUCGGAGAUGCAUACUGUGUGGCUGGAGGCUUACACAAGGAAAGUGAGACCCAUGCUAUUCAGAUUGCAUUGAUGGCAUUGAAAAUGAUGGAGCUGUCCAAUGAAGUGAUGUCUCCACAUGGAGAGCCCAUCAAGAUGCGUAUAGGCCUGCAUUCUGGUUCAGUCUUUGCUGGUGUUGUCGGUGUUAGAAUGCCACGAUAUUGCCUAUUUGGAAACAAUGUAACACUUGCGAACAAGUUUGAGUCUUGCAGCAUUCCUAGGAAAAUAAAUGUCAGCCCAACCACCUACAGGUUACUAAAAGAUUACCCAGGGUUUGUAUUUACUCCUCGUUCAAGACAGGAACUUCCUCCCAAUUUUCCAAGUGAUAUUCCUGGGAUUUGUUACUUUCUUGAUGCUUAUCUUCAAGGAACAAAUUCAAAGCCCUGGUUUCAAAAGGAAGAUGCUGAAGAUGGGAAAACAAAUUUUUUAGGGACACCAACAGGAGUAGACUAAAUUGUGCUUUCUUGCGUUUUCAGGAUUAGAAGUGUUAAUAUUUUGCAUAUGAACUGAAAAUUAAAAAAUGAAGUAUGUCAGCACUUUAGCUUGUUAACACCUGAAAGCCAGUAUUAAAAUAAAAAAGUAUAUCACAUACUACUUUUAAUAUAGUGAAUAGCAGUUUGGAAAGGCGAGCAGUUCAGAUCAGGCACACAUGAUGUAACAGUGAAAGGAAAAAGCCCAGCCACCCAACAGUUGUUUUCCUCUUGCAAACAGCUGCUUUGCCAAGGUGAGUCUAAUAAAGACCUCUGCUUCCAUAGAGCAUGUGCUUUGCACCUCUCUGUACCUACCAGUCUUUAGGACAGCUCCUAAAGGGACUCUUCAGCAUUUAAAACAAGGAAAACUGAGCCGCUUGCCAUAUGAGCAACAUAACAUGUAGCUCUGCUCUUAGUUCAAGUGAUAACGACACAUACUGAACUGUGAGCCAGUUGAAUACCAAUCGGUAUUACAAUGAAAUUUUCUUAAGGCUGUAGCCAAUGUGAGCACUAGCAAGAGUAGAUCCAUUACAAUUCAUAAUCAUGGUUAACUUGGGAUCCAUUAAUUUCAGGGAGUCUCCUCUUAUAUAAACCUUAAUGAUUUCACAAGAAAAAAACAGCCACAAAUUAUUGUCAGUAUAUGAUAUUUUAUUGCUUCCUUUAAAAAAAAAAAGAGCAUGCUUACACAAUAGGCAGAGACAGCUGGUGGACACAAAAAUAUGCAGUAGAGAAGGAGCUGCUGCCUUUCUGACCCCCUCCAUAAUCUCACCUUAUCUCCAUAUUGGCUAAUUUUCCCUAAGUGUAUGGAGGAGGAGAAUCAGGCCUGCUUCACCCCAUGUAGCGUAUUGUUCAAACUAGAAUGCAGGAUAAAACAAUGCACUUUGUUGAAAUGGUAUAUAUUCAGGUAACGUAGAGUUAAUUUACAAGUUUUACCCAGGAGAGGGAGGGGCAAGGUGGCGGGGAGCUUGGUGUGGUGUGGCUAUGGUAGUGAAGCCAAUCCAGUGCUGUGUCAGCUUCAGGGCUGGGGGCUGGGCAGUAACGAAGCAGCCGGCAGUUAGCUGGGCAAUAAAUCAGGCAAGGCCAGGCAGAUAACAGAGGCCGGCUGGCAGAAGAAAGGCUUGACAAACUAACCAAUAGCAGUGUCCAAGAGCAUCAUCCAGGUAGGGAAGCAGAGUUCAGAAAGCCAGGGGUCCAGUCUGAAGGUCUAGAGGCUAGCAACGGCAUUACAUGCGAGGGGUCACAACCGACAUUGUAGUCAGCAGUCUGCUGCAGCCAUGAACUGCCUUUUAUAACAGACUCCCUAAGCCAGGUGCCCAUGAUUAGUCUCCCAGCUGCUCAGAGCUGCUUGUUCUUAAAUGACCCGACUUCUUCCUUCGUUGCUGUGCUACUCGCUGGCGUCUCCUUUCUGCAGGGGGGAGGGGAGCCUCCUGUUCAUACCCAGAAUCCAAUUGAGGGGCUUCAGCCAGGUCCUGGACAUUCUCCAGCUGGGGAAGAGCCAGAGUUGUAUCCUCAGGUGUUCCACUAGUUCCUUCUCCUGGGUCUGCGAACUCUGCCUCUUCCUCCGAGUCCUCUGAAGGGGCCAUGACAUGUUGCCGCUGCCAUGCCAAGCUUUCCUCAGCCUCAUCCCUCCUCCUCUUUGUAAUUGGUAGCAACAUUUGGCAUUGGGAAAUGAGGUAAGCAACCCUGCCCCACCAAUCACUCCUGACUGAAUAUGUUGCACACUGAAUAGGUUGUGAAGAGAAUACUCUGCCUGCCUAGGUAUAAAUGGAAUCUGGUAUCCAGACCCUCCUCCUUAGCUUGUCUAGGGCAGUGGCGGCCUCACAGACAUUACAAUGACAUGCAAAGGAUGACCUAGAAUGAGAUGGGAGGCCAUCAUUCCCCUGGGGGAGAGGUGCAGGCUCUAAUUUGGUCUGUUUGGCCCAUCAGUGGGAAAGCAAAACAUAUGCAAUCUCAGUUAAUGCACCCUGCAAACCAUGCAGUGUACCUUUUAUUAAUUUCCAUUUAUAGUCCAUUAUUACUAUAGUAGUAUUUAUAUAUGUAUAGCAGAAACUUAAAAACAAAAUUUACAUUAAAUUGAAGUAAUCUAUUACAGUAUUAUACAUUAAUCUGAAAUAUACCUAAUCUUAAUUCUUCCAGCACCGUAUCUGUAUGUGCUUUUUUUUCAUGCAGCGGAUUUUGACGCAGUACUGCAGUAUGCAUUUAUAGUGCGUGGCAUUCAUAUUGAAUGCAUACAGAAUGCACUACAGAUGUGGCUCCAGCCCCUGUGUAAUCUGUGACAUCUCGUGCAUUUGCACUAACCCAAAAAUAGCCUGACUGGAUAUUUUUCUGCCUUGGCAUCCUCCAGUUCCGGCAAUCAAGAAAGGGUAAAAUUCUGGUCAGAACCAUAAAAUACUGGCCAAUUUGGAACUUGAGCUAGGAAGAAUUUUUCUUUUUAGGAACUUUUUUCUGCUCCGUCCUGGGUCUAAGCCAGGCAACAUAGCAAAAUCACUUCUCUCUCACUCUCAAUCUCUCUGAAAAUGGAAUUUCUUCUGAGACUGACUGUUCUGAGUUCUCUGCUUCCUACAGUUUCCUAUAUCUUAUGUCAUGGGAUAUGUACUAUGUGUCAGCAGGAUACAUCAAAAGUAUCAGGAAGCAGAGGAAUCUAUGCCAUCAAAAAGCGUAACAUUAUGGCACAACCUCAGUUUCUGAAGGCUUGGAAGCUAAUCAUGGAUCAGAACAAUUUUUCUUCCCACAUUAUAAAGCAUAAUUAGGAAGGUGUAAAGUGGCCAUACUCCCUAAAAUAUGGAACAUCCCUGCUAACCCAAUUCCUGAAAAGUACAGUUUAUAAUGAGAUGUCAAAAGGGUAAGCACUUCAUUCACUUAGACCGCAGUCCUAUGCACACUUACACAAAAUGGGACUUAAUUUUGCAUAGAUUUACAUUUGAUUGCUCGGCAUAUAUGGUUAUCAGCUGUUUUUAGUACUAGUAUACAGACAUGCCACUUACUGCUUCCUGAAUUUCUCUCACUGUCAAUAAAUUAUAUAUGUUUGUGAGUGUAUGUGAUACAUUGUAUAAUCAAAUGUUAACCUCUGUAAUCAAACAGCAUUUUAAUUCUUGGACAUAUAAAUCUGAUUUCAAGGGGAACAAAUCUCUCCUGUUAUGUAUUAUAGCAAUAAAUGUUUUCUUUUAGUUGCUAUUUAAGUUUA